UGAAUCAUUAACCCUGACUGUCAAGGAUCAGUCAGAGAUAAACACUCGCAUAACUGCUGUUUAGAGUCACAGAGUUGAACUGUCACCAGUCUCUCUUCUGCUCAACCCUGACUGCUCUUUUAGGCCAAGAAUCACAAAUAAGAUCUGAAAAGCGAAGAGGAAUGCUCAGGAAGUGUUCAUAGAAGCUUGGGAUCCUGUGUCUAGAUGGAGACUUUAAAGCACCUGAGCGUGAAGAAGCAUGAGGGAAACGAUGUUCCACUGCUGGCUGACGCAGACAGUGCCAAGAGCCCAGGCAUUAAACACUGGAGAGAGUCCAGUCAAUUCUUCCUCACACAAAGGUGGAAAAACCUUGGCCUGAGCUUCACUCUACUCCUGAGCUGUUAUUCAGCAAUCCUUGUCCCUGCUUAUCUGCCUACUAAACAACUGACCUGGACUGAAAGCUCCACAGAAGACUAUUUGGACAUAUUGAAUCGCUCAGCAGCUCUACUGUCUCGGCCAUGUAUAAGCGGCUUUACCAAGACAAAGCUGCAGAAAGUGCUGAAUUUGGACAGCCUGCUUCAGAUUCCUGUGUUCCUGCAGAAUGAGACCAGACACUGGGAACUGGCACCUCCACUUGGUCUGCUAGGCAGUGAGGGUACGUUGGCACAGACACUUAGAGUUCUGCCCCACUCUGGACUGCCCUCUGUGCCAGACAGGUGUAGAAGAUGUAUGGUGGUUGGGAGUGGUGGAAUCUUACAUGCCAAACAUCUUGGAGCCCAUAUUGAUAAAUAUGACAUCAUUAUAAGAAUAAACAAUGCACCAGUGUUUGGAUUUGAGGAAGAUGCAGGCUCAAGAACCACAAUUCGAUUGACAUAUCCUGAAGCAGCAUCCUUCUUGCAACAAGAAUAUCAGAACACAGACAUAGUAGCUGUAGUUGUAUUCAAGAGGCUGGAUUUAGAGUGGUUGACCUCUAUUGUAACAAAAAAGCCUUUGAGCUGGUGGACUAAACUGUGGUUCUGGAGAGAUGUUGUAAGUGAUAUUCCACUUCAGCCAGGAAACUUUCGCAUCUUGAACCCUGAAAUACUCAGCCGUACCUGGCACGUGAUGCAAAAUUAUGGAAAACAUGAAAGCAAGACGGUGCCUACUCUAGGCUUCACUGGCAUUGUGGUGGCACUACAGCUGUGUGAUGAAGUCAGCAUGGCAGGCUUUGGCUAUGACUUUAAACAUCCUGGAUCACUGCUGCAUUACUAUGGGACUGUGCGCAUGGACCACAUGAUGGCACAAGUUGUGCACGAUGUCAGCGCAGAGCGCAGUUUACUGCGGGGCCUUGUCAAAUCUGGAGUCGUGCAUGAUGUCACAGGUGCACUGUGAUUAACAGUGGACCUCAUUUAUCAAACGGGAUAUCAAUUAUUUUAUUAAUAAAAGGUUCGCAAGAAUGUUUGCACAAGAAAUUGUGUAUUCAUAAAAAUCCUGUGUGUUAAAAUGUUUGCAUCCUAUGAGAGUUCCCGAGUUUGUGUAUAAGGAGACACUAAUGUAAACCUCAAUUAUUCAGCUUCAGAACAUGUAAUUGGCAAUGAGUUACUGCACAUUUAUAUAUGGAUUACGUUUUCAAGCUUAAAUGGCGUUUUUAUUUCACUUGCACACAUGAAUUUAAUGAAUAUUUUGUGACUUGGCUCUUUCAUAUUAAUGACUUGAAAGAAAGUGAUCCAAGAGGACAAAAGAAAUGACGGCCUAUAAAAUGAGUUAAAAAGACUGUGCAUGUGGUAGCCGACACACUACAAUGGCUGAACUGCGUUAUUGGACGAUUUUGCAGACACUGCACAUAGAUGAUUUAUUUUCAUAAUUUUGUUGUCAUUUUGGUGUUUUCAGCUCUGUGAGCUUUUAGCCUUUCUACUGUGGGUGUUACUAAAGGUAAUCCAGCUGUGUCAUGAACGCAUUUGGUACUUUACGGGUGUUUGGCAUUUUAUCACCAUCCGCCUGUGAAGAUGAAGAAAAUCUGAGUUAUCAACACUUCUGGCAAGAUUCAUUUAUUUGAUUUUUUACUUUGGUUUGGUCUACAAAACCACUUACACACAACUUUAUUAAAAACGAUAUUAAAUGAG